UGCUGCAUUAUCAGGCUGACUUAGUUGUCGUUCGCCUACCAGAUCACUGCAGAAUUAUUCCAUGCAGCUGCUGCGACUUUAUUAUCCCUAAAGCAAACAAGGACGCUUGUGCUUCUCUGUAUGGAAACCGACAGAAAAUGUACCCACAGGGCCAUCAAUCCACCGACUCACAUUACAACCGAGUCCGCUUUGAAUUGCAUCUACAGCGGUAGCAGAAUGGUCGGUUUCCCGGUGGCUGUAGUGCUACCAGCGGGAGGGUCUGGGGAAAGAAUGGGACUGUCAACCCCCAAGCAGUUUUGUGAUUUUUUGGAGAGACCAUUGAUAAGCUUCACAAUUGAAGCUUUCGAGAGAAUUAAUUGGAUUCAAAGCAUCAUUGUUGUUGUGGCAAAAGAGUGCAUUGAUUUGAUGAGGGCUAUUAUUCACAAAUAUAGUCACAAAAGAAUUACAUUGGUUACUGGAGGACAAACACGGCACAGAUCAAUUUUCAAUGGCCUCAAAGUCUUUACGGACAGCCAGGUGUAUGAUUACAAGCUGACAAAACCUGAAGUCGUCAUCAUCCAUGAUGCAGUAAGACCUUUUGUGGAGGAAGAUCUGCUUCUUAAGAUAGCCACCGCAGCUAAAGAUCAUGGGGCAGCUGGAGCCACCCGACCCCUUGUUUCCACUGUGAUUGCCACAACAUCGGAGGGCUGCUUGGACCAUUCACUGGAGCGUGCUAAAUACAGAGCUAGUGAAAUGCCCCAGGCAUUUUUAUUUGAUACCAUAUAUCAAGCUUAUCAGCAGUGCAGCGACUAUGACUUUGAGUACGGAACAGAAUGUCUUCAGCUAGUCCUGCAGAACUGUAGAUCUAAAGCCAAACUUAUUGAGGGGCCACCCACUCUCUGGAAGGUGACCUUCAAACGGGACCUGUUUGCAGCUGAAUCAGUAAUUAAGGAAAGCCUUUCCCAGAAGGCCUGUGUUAUCACAGGUGUAGAGCAAGAUGCAGUCCAGUUAGCUCACUGCCUUGAGAAGACAUUCACACAGCUCAAGGUGGAAGUCAUGUCAACACCAGUCGGUGAAGUGUCCUGCAUUCAGACUAUUUCAGCGAAAGAGUAUCGCAAUAUUAUUUAUGUCAUUGUCAAUGACACUGACCUUCAGGAAAUAAAACAAAUUGUGGAAUCAAUUGGGAAUACCAGUCUACCAAUACUGUAUCCUGUUGUUCUGAUCAUGGUGCAUUUGAACAUGUCAGAAAGUACACCUUUCAGCAACAAUAUGGAUGAGCUGGGCGCCAUCAGACUACUUGCAAAGGAAGCAAAACAGAAGAAUAUUUUGGUUUAUGGUCUCCUGGUUAAUUAUCCAAAGGACACAGAGAAAUGGAACGAUGCUGUGGAAAAUGUAUGUUUAAUUGCUGGCACGCUCAUCAAGGACAGGAACGUGGUCUUAGCUGGACAGCUCUUUGUUGCAUGAAAGUGUGACACAACUGCUCUUCUUACCUGUGGUUUUCAUUAAAUAUUCUAAAAAUCAUGGAUUUAAUUAAGGUGUACAUUACUAGUACCAAAUUAUUACCUGACACAUUUAAAUAAAACUGUACAUUUAAGAGGAAACUAUGGUAUGGCUUUGUUU